UAAGCUUAAAAAUUCAUUUUUUAAAAUUAGAAAAUUUUGUAAAUAUUUUUAUUUUAACUACAUAUGUUUUUUUCGCAAAGUAAAAAACAAACAAUCUUAUUACAAAGAAUUUCUUCUUCUUCUUCUUCUCGGAAUUCUAGAAGACUCCUAACAUUCGCUUCUCUGUUUCUCUUCUUCUUCAACAUCCACAUGCUACAACUUUAGGUAUCCACAUGCUACAACUUUAGGUUUUGUUGAUAGGGUUUAUUUAUAAUGGAAGAUUCAUUUGACAAAUCUAAGAUUGUUGAAGUCAAACCCUUACGUAGUUUAGCACCUGUUUUACCAAAACAUGUUCAAUCCGUGUUUUCUCGUGAAUACCCAUCUGGGUUUCCUCCAUUUUACUCAUUUGUCAAACCCCAUCAAAUUCCUCUUCCAAAAGAAGCUGAGGAAAUCCCUCUUGAUGACAAAGUAGCCGAGAAGACACCGGUGAAAGCAGCAGCAGCAGCAGCUCAUGACACUCCUGUUGCUGCCAAAGUUACUCCAAUAAGGGCCUACAAGAGUUCACAUGAUGAAGAAAUGAAUCAACAAGGCGAUGGAGAUAACAAUGAUUAUUCGGAAGGGUUUAUAGGUGAUAAACAAAAGCGUAGUACGGAUAAUAUUGAGAACUGCAAGGAGUUUCUUAGAAGGAAGAAGAACAAAACUCGCGAGGCGUCUGUUGGUGGUACGAGUUCUUAUGUUGGUGUUAACCCGACACUAAAAGAUGAUGGUGAUAGGGAAUCGGUUAAUCAUGUGCUUAUGACGUUUGAUUCGAUUCGAAGGAGGCUAUGCCAACUUGAAGAGUCGAAGGAACUGAACAAUGCACUUGCUAUCAAGCGUGCGGAUCUAAGAGCGAGUAAUGCUUUGACUUGUAAAGGGUUUAAAACAAACACGAGGAGAAGAGCGGGUGUGGUGCCUGGGAUUGAGAUUGGGGAUGUUUUCUUUUUUCGAAUGGAAAUGUGUCUUGUGGGUUUGCAUGCUCAAUCAAUGGGUGGAAUUGAUUAUAUGAGUAUCAAGGAUGGGUCUAAGGAAGAUACUGUGGCGUUAAGCGUUGUUUCGUCAGGUGUAUAUGGUGAUGAUACAGAGGAUAAUAAUGUUUUAAUUUAUAGUGGUCAGGGUGAGAAUUUCAACAAGAAAGAUAAACAUGUGACUGAUCAGAAGCUUCAAAGAGGUAAUCUUGCUUUGGAUAGAAGUGCACAGCGGCACGAUGAAGUUAGAGUCAUUCGAGGUGUGAGAGAUCCUAUGAAUAGAAGUGCAAAAAUCUAUAUGUAUGAUGGUUUAUAUAAAAUCCAAGAUUCUUGGAUUGAAAGAGGGAAAUCUGGCGGUGGUAUAUUUAAGUAUAAGUUGGUAAGGUUACCUGGUCAAAAAAUUGCUUAUGCUGCUUGGAAAUUGGCUCAAAAGUGGAAGGCAGGUUCCUGUGCAAGGAAUGGUUUUAUUCUUGCAGACCUCUCCAAUGGGGUUGAAAGUAUUCCAGUAUCACUUGUCAAUGAUGUCGAUGAUGAGAAAGGUCCUGCUUUUUUCACUUAUUUCACAUCUCUCAAAAACCCAAAACCUUUUGGUCUAGUGCAGCCUUCUUUAAGCUGCAAUUGUAACACAGCAUGUGUCCCAGGUGAUUUGAACUGUUCAUGCAUUCAAAGAAAUGAAGGUGAUUUUCCGUAUACUGCAAAUAGUGUUCUAGUGAGUCGGAAGCCGCUUAUUCAUGAAUGUGGCCCUAUGUGUCGGUGUUUUCCUACUUGCAAAAAUCGAGUAUCACAGACUGGUUUAAAACAACACAUGGAAGUGUUCAGAACAAAGGGUAGAGGUUGGGGGCUUCGAACACUGGAUCCUAUACGUGCUGGUACUUUUAUUUGUGAGUAUGCAGGAGAAGUUAUUAACAGAGCCAAGGUAUAUCAGAACGUUGAAGGAGAUAAUGACGAAUAUGUUUUUGAUACAAGCCGUAUUUAUGAACCAUUCAAGUGGAAUUAUGAACCUAGCUUACUGGAAGAUGUAAGUUCAAAUGUAUGUAGUGAGGAUUAUACAAUACCAUCUCCUCUAAUUAUAAGUGCCAGGAAUGUGGGAAAUAUAGCUAGAUUCAUGAAUCAUAGUUGCUCCCCAAAUGUUUUUUGGCAGCCAGUCUUAUAUGCGGAAAAUAAUCAAUCCUUUAUCCACAUUGCAUUUUUUGCCCUUAGACAUAUUCCUCCAAUGGCAGAGUUAACAUAUGAUUAUGGAAUUACCCAUGCUGGUCAUGCUGGUGGUAGUAGUGCACUUAGAAGGAGAAAGAAAUGCUUGUGUGGAUCAGCAAGGUGCCGUGGUUUCUUUGGUUGACAAUUUGUUGCAGUUGCUCACAGACAAACAUGGUGCUUGCAAGUCUAUUCAUGGCUAAACGAGCAGAUGAGGAAAUUCAAUUUCAAGAGCCAGAUCAAGCCUGGAGGCUCGAACUUAGUGUAUAUUUGCUUUCAAAUAUAAUUAUGAAGUGUAGAUAUUCUUGACUAAAAUUAAUCAUGUUGGUCUCUGGGCUUUACUGUUUUAUGGAUCCGACUUGGAUCAUCAUGCCCCAUUCCUAAUUUUAAGGGUAAAAUUUUGGCGAGUUGAAAUGUCAUGAACGCUUGAAAUCAUCAACAUGCUGAUCUUUGUCCUUUGGAGUAUUAACUUAGAUUUUCUUGUAAUUUAGUAGUCAAUGUUUAUGUUCAUUAGAAGGCUAAUGGUGUAUUUUACAUCUGGGAAUGUAGAAACUAAUUUGUUAAACCAUGCUGUGUAUCUUAUUUCUAUUUCUAUUGA